UCCUUCUGCCUGACCUUAGAAAUGGCCGACCCCAGGACACGUAAUGCUGGAGGAUGGCUGCUCUUUUUCUAAAUAGGUUAACUCUACAAACCAUAAAGGCUGAAAAUAAUUGCAUUAGAAGAUGUUUGGGUAAACACAUUGUGCAAAAGACAGCACCAGCACAAUUGUUCCCUGCUGCUUCUGCCCCAAGGCUGUCCUUCCUAAUUCAUUCAAAGGCUUUUAGCACCAUCCAAGACAUCCAGGACGAGAGAAAAAAGAAAAAAAAGGAUGGAACCACUUUUAGUAACAUUGGAAGAAAAAUUAAUGAGCGAAUUAUUCACGUACUUGAUGAGAAGGGCAAUGAUUUGGGAAACAUGCACCGAGCAGAUGUGAUCAGACUCCUGGAUGAGCGAGACCUGAGGCUGGUGCAAAGGAAUCCCAGCGCGGAGCCCCCGGAGUACCAGCUCAUGACAGGGAUACAGAUUCACGAAGAACGGCUGAGGCUGAGAGAGAGGGAGAAGGCUAGACCAAAAACUGGACCAACCCUGACGAAGGAGCUAACUUUCUCUUCAAAUAUUGGGCAACAUGAUUUGGACACGAAGAGUAAACAGAUUCAGCAGUGGAUUGAGAAAAAAUACAAAGUUCAAAUUACUAUAAAGAAAGGGAAAAACACAGAUGAGCCAGAAAAUAAAAUGGAGGAGAUAUUUAAUCGAAUACUCCAGACAAUGCCUGGAAUGGCUACUUUCUCAUCCAAGCCACAACCUAUUAAGGGAGGAAAAGCGUUAAUGUGUGUUCUUCGUCCUUUAACCAAAAGGAAGAGAAUGAAUAUACAGAAAUUCAACAAACCCAGAAAAAAGACACUUUGAACAAAGAAAAUGGAAAUGAAUAAAGGUUCAAA